AUGGCCGAGAGCACAAGUGCUCUCGACGGUGGCGAGGCGGCGCGCCAGGGACGAGCGGCAGUGACCGCCAUGCGCCGCAGCAGCAGCGAGCACCGCCGCGACUGGCGCCCGCGCCUCAGCCUCAGGGGCAGUCGCCGCACCGUGCUGGAGGAGGAGCUGGCGGGCGGCUCGCCGCUGGCGCGAGUGCGCUCGGGCUGGCGCAGCGCCAGCCUGAGGCAGCAGCGCCAGACCAGCCUGGACCUGCCGCUGGCCGAGAGCCCGUCGCGCGCCGCCGCGGGGCCGGACCAGCCGCGCAAGUCCAACUGGGAGGUCAUCGAGCACUUCAACACGCCGCCGUCGCGCGGCCGCCCCGCGCACUCGUCCAGCCUGCUCGCGGUGGGCGUGUCCCGCGGCGCCAGCAUCAAGGAGGAGGACGAGGAGGACGACGCGGACGGAGACGGCGCGGGCGGGGCGCUGGUGGCGGGCGGUUGCGUCGAGCCGGGGGCGGCGGGAGAGCCGGGGGCGGGAGACGUCGAGUCCAUCCUGCUGAUGACGUCGCGGCCCGGCGGCGUGGCCACGUGGUCGCACCUGCGCCGCCUGCUGCACCGCCUCUGCCGCUCGCACCGCUUCAAGAACCUCGAGGUGGAGAUGCUGUACCAGAGGUACUUCCUGCGCAUGAACCAGAGCAACAUGACCCACCUGCUGGGCUUGCUGCUGGCUCUCUGCUCGGUGCUGGGGCUGCUGCAGAUAGCCUCGGUGUUCGGCGCCGGCUCUCAGGACCCCCUGCGCAGCGGCGUUCCUCCGGAGGCGGCGGCCAUGGGCCUCACCCUCACCUGCUGCAUCCUCGUCUACGGCGGGCUGAUGGUGGUGCUGGCCAAGCCGGCCUUGAACGAGCUCUACCUGCUGGGGGUGUCGUACGUGGUGCUGGCCACCUUCCUCGCGCUGCAGCUGACCCUGGCGUCGGCGGCGGAGCGGCGCGCGCCCACCUCGGGCGCCUGGGCGGCGGUCUUCUUCACCUACCUCACGUACGCGCUGCUGCCCGUGCGGCUGCAGGAGGCGGCCGGGGGCGGCGCGGCGCUGGCGGCGGCGCACCUCGGCCUCGCCGCCUACCUCAACUUCCAGGACGGUGACCUGCUGCGCCAGACACGCGUGUUCUCCGGGUCUGGCGGCGGGCCAACCACGGGCUUGCGGGCGGAAGAUGGGAGGCGGUCCGCGUCGGACGGCCUCUUUGGCGGCGGCGGCGGCGGCGGCGGCGGCGGCGGCGAGACCGCCGCCCUCCUGGCGGCGGACGCAGUGCUGCUGGCCUGCGUCAACGUGGCCGGAGUGCUGACGCACUACCCCAGCGAGCUGGCGCAGCGCCAGGCCUUCCUGGAGACGAGGCAGUGCAUCGAGGCGCGCCUCACCACGCAGCGGGAGAACCAGCAGCAGGAGCGGCUGCUGCUGUCCGUGCUGCCCAGACACGUCGCCAUGGAGAUGAAGGCGGACAUCGCGGGCAAGCCCAAGGACACCAUGUUCCACAAGAUAUACAUCCAGCGACACGAGAACGUCAGCAUCCUGUUCGCCGACAUCUGCGGCUUCACCAGCCUCUCGGACCAGUGCACCGCCGAGGAGCUGGUGCGACUGCUCAACGAACUGUUCGCCAGGUUCGACCGCCUGGCGGCGGAGCACCACUGCCUGCGCAUCAAGCUGCUCGGUGACUGUUACUACUGCGUGUCGGGGCUGCCCGAGGCGCGGCCCGACCAUGCGCAGUGCUGCGUCGAGAUGGGGCUGGACAUGAUCGACGCGAUAGCGCUGGUGCGCGACGUGAUGGGAGUGAACGUCAACAUGCGCGUGGGCAUCCACACGGGUCGGGUGCACUGCGGCGUGCUGGGGCUGCGCAAGUGGCAGUUCGACGUGUGGUCCAACGACGUCACGCUCGCCAACUACAUGGAGAGCGGCGGCAUCCCCGGAAGGGUGCACAUCACCAAGGAGACGCUUCAGUACCUGGACGGAGACUACGAGGUGGAACCCGGGAAUGGGGGUGAGAGGAACACCUACCUGAGGGACCACAACAUCGAGACGUACCUCAUAGUACCCGGCGACACCUACAGAGGGGGUACACAAGUGAAAAGGCCAAACAACUACUCCAUGAACGGGAGCGUGUCGAAAGAGCUGCGGAUGAUGGGACACGGGUCCCAGCAUGGUAAAACAUCGAAGCUGGGGUUCGGCGAGAGCACGGAUCCGGAGAAAGACCCAGAGGACGAGGUGAACGAGUACCUGAUGCGGGCCAUCGACGCCCGCAGCAUCGACCGGCUGCGCUCCGAGCACUGCAAGCGCUUCCUGCUCACCUUCCGUCGGCCCGAGGUCGAGGACAAGUACUCAAAGGAGCGAGAUCGGAUGUUGUCCACGUACUUCUUCUGUUCCUUCUUCAUCUUCAUGUCCAUAGUCGUCGUGGAGCUGAUCAUCUUCCCGCAUUCCAUUUUGAUGUAUGCAGUUUUGGUUAUCGGAACAGUUUUCAGUAUACUGGUCAAUGUAAUUAUAUUUGCUGAAGGCAGUCAGGCAGUGUUGGCACCAUUGAAGGCUGCGUCGGCGAAGGUGUACGCGAACCGGGCAGUGGCUCAGGCGCUGGCGACCAGCAUGCUGUUUGUCGCGUACGUCGUCGCGGUGUUCCCGAUGUUCUUAGUGGCGCGCAGGGCGUGCAACGCGACUGGGCUGGAAGGCAACGGCAGCACGACGGGCGUGGAGGACCUGCCGGCCAGCAAAGCGACGUGCGACGAAGACAUGUUGCGCUACACUGACUACUUCACGUUCUGCGUGCUGCUGGUCAUGGUGAUGUGCGCCGUGUACCAGAUCCUCAUCAGCCUCUUGAAGAUGCUCAUCCUCAGCUGUGUGUGCAUCGGCUACCUGGGACUGCUGAUGUUCCACGUCGGGGGCCGCACGCAGAGGACGGACGAGCUGCUGACGGUGGUGGUGCUGGUGGGCUUCAUGGUCGCCCUGGUGCUGCACAGCCAGCAGACGGAGGCCACGUACCGCCUGGACUUCCUGUGGAAGCUGCAGGCAACAGAGGAGAAGGAGGACAUGGAACACCUGCAGGCGUACAACAGGAAGCUCCUGGCCAACAUCCUGCCUGUCCACGUGGCCGAGCACUUCCUGUCCAGCGACAAGAACGCAGACGAGCUGUACCAUGAGCAGUGCGACAGCGUCUGCAUCAUGUUCGCGUCCAUCCCAAACUUCUCCGAGUUCUACGUCGAGCUGGAGGGGAACAACGAGGGCGUCGAGUGUCUGCGGCUGCUCAACGAGAUCAUCGCGGAUUUCGACGAGCUGCUCUCCGAGCACCGGUUCCGGUACAUUGAGAAAAUCAAGUCGACGGGCGCCACCUACAUGGCUGCUUCAGGUUUGACUCAAAGCACGAGCGAUCUGAAACGUUUUCGGCACGUCACCGCAAUGGCGGACUAUGCCUUAAGGAUACGAGAGCAGCUCAAAUAUGUCAAUGAGCAUUCUUUCAACAACUUCAAGAUACGCAUAGGUAUCAACAUCGGGCCAGUGGUGGCGGGAGUGAUCGGGGCCCGCAAGCCGCAGUACGACAUCUGGGGCAACGCGGUGAACGUCGCCAGCCGCAUGGACUCGACGGGCGUGCUCGACCAGAUACAGGUGACACAGGAGAUGUACCAGAUCCUGCACACCAAAGGCUACCCGCUGACCUGCCGGGGCACGAUCAAGGUGAAGGGCAAGGGGGAGAUGGUGACGUACUUCCUCAACGACUACUCCAAGGCGCUGACACCGUCUAGCGGGGGGACCCCGAGCCAGGAGCUGCCACCGCCCGACAAGACGCUGCCCGGCUAGGCCGUCACCGCAGUGCGUCACUGUCACUCAGGCCCUGUGUCCGCCGUUACUUAAUGCUCGAGCUCGCAUAACUUGAAGACUUAACGUUUUUGUACGUCGUGUUUUAGAGAUAGAAGCAAACUCUGUGCCGGUGGGGUACUAAAAUUUAUAAAUGACGAGCAGCGUUACCCACCUUUGCGUGGGUCAUCAAGAAUUUUUUGACAAAUUAAAGUUUUCUUUUAAUAGUCUCUAUAAAAUUUCACAUACAAAAUUAAUGUCAAGUGUCCGAAUGAUCAAUCCUACUUUAGAUAGCUCGCAUAUUCAGUGUAUAUUUUGCUGUUCUUCACGAUGUCCUCUCUUGUCUGCUGUCAUGGAACAGUCUGGAUACACUCACAAAGAUGGGGAAGCACAGUGGAUUUGUCAUGGAAAUGUAUUACUCUGCAAGAACUUGUAAUCUACAAUACAGUCAAUUUGGUAGUUUUUCUCCAGUUUUAGCAUAAAGUAUAAAUUUAUCCAAAAAACAUAAUUUAAAAAAAAAAACAUCACCUUUGUCAAUCUCAAAAAUGUAGCUUGGUAAGAGUAAAAGAUUUUUUUUUUGAAAUCUGACAGUUCUAACAAAAACAAACUUACACUCUCCUUUUAUGUAAUUAGUAUGGAUAAAAACUAGGGAUGGGAUUUUCGAAUCUUGGAUUCGUCGAAUAUACCGAAUCCUAUGGAUUCGAGGAUUCGUAGGAUCCGAGGUGGGAUUCGAGGUGGGUUUUUAAGAGCUUUAGGUAGUAAUUGAAAAUUGUAGUGCUGGGUGAAGUACAAACAUUUCAAACCGAACCCUUACGUUCGGUUCGGUUCGGUUCGAAACCUCUUAAAAUAUAUUCGAAAAACCGAACGUUCUUUAAAAAAAAAUUACGUUUUUCUAAUUUUCUACCCCCAUUUGAGACCAUUCACAAAACAGCACAACAAAAUUUCAUUACUUGUAAUAUUCCGACUUUCAUCGCAUAAUCGUCGCUUCAACAGUUUCAAGUGCAGACAAAAUAAUAAAAAAAAUAUAUUAAUCGUCUCAUAACUCGCAUAGCAUUUUUUCAUAUAGGCGCGCUUUGUUUUUUGUUUACUUUAGAGAAUUUUGUAUAGAGCUGUAGCAAACCGUAUGUAUUCGUUACUGAGUAACGGGUGCGGCAUCUAGUAACGAGUAACGAAACGUUACAUACGAAUGCAUUUCGUUACUCGCAUCUUUCGUAUGUUUCACGCAUGCGCGCGCUUAUUCGUUACAAAGAACGAUGUUUGUUUAUUAAUAAAAGUAUAAUUUGGAAAUUCGUCGUCCAAGUUUUUUACUGUUUAUUAAAGGUAUUGUGUGUGUAGACAAAGUUUUAGAUUCGAACAGAAACAACGUAAGAAAGUAUUUUUUACAAAUUAUAAAUAUGUAUGUUUUUGUUUUUUAUAAUCGCGUAUUUUCACGUUUUAUGUUCUUAUCUUAAAAGAUAUAUUAUAAUAAAGCCUCUCUAAUGAGAGUUAAUUGUUUCUUGGUUAACAAAAGCUGUUCAUUAUCAAAUAUUUUUAAUUGUUUAUAUUCGAUUUAUUUUUAUUUACGCGACGUCAUACUGUACGCGUACGAAAUACGACUCGAUUCGAUGCUGUUACAUAAGAUAGCAUGUGCCAUGACAUGCGGUAUCAGAAGUAACGAGUAACGAUACGAAAGUAACGAGUACUAAUUGUUAUAGUAACGAAUACAUACGGGUACACAUUUUUUCGUUACUUUUACACCUCUAAUUUUGUAUGCAUUUCUCGUACUACGUAAUAUAAACUAUCGUACAAAUGCCAAAGGUAUUGUAUAUUAUACCUUUAACUAUAGUGCGUGUACGAGAAGUGUUGUAAAAUCACCAAAGAUUGCGUACCCCAUACGUUAAACUAAAGCGCAUGUACGAGAACUCUCGUAUUUGGGCAAAACUGACGUGAUCAAGUUAACACAAGACAAAUGCGGUAGGAAAUGAUUACGUAAAUUACGUAUUUUAAAUUACUGGGAUGUAUUUAUUUUCUUUGGCCUUUUUGGUUAUAACAGUCAGGUACUGAAAAUAUUAAUUUAAUCUUGUGUAUUAAAAGUACUGGUCGAGUAAAUUUUACAGUACGGUACUAAGUUGACUAGCGUAGUCGCGGCAGCCAUCAUUAUUUCUAGUGUUUUCUUUUUUCCGACGCAAAUUUCUAUAACCACACUUCUUACGUUACGUUUUAGUGAUGGGCAGAACGGAUCUUUUGACCGAAUCGGUUCUUUUGGAUCAGUUCCGUGAGAUGAUUCGUUCAUCUCGGUCAAUUCGUUCUUUUCUGUGUAUGGGAUCUGGCUCUUUUAUCAGGUGUCGUAACUCGUUCAUCCUUUAGAGUAUUACGUACGUGUUUUUGUAUUUGAAUUUGAACAUUGCUUUCCGUAGCCAGUGAAUCACAGUUGCGUAUAUGAAACAAGAUUAUUUAUAUUUUAUUACUUUUUAAGUUACAAAUAUUAAUAUAUAGGCUAUUUACACUCUAGUGACAGUAAAGUGUUUACAUGUAGACCAACACAUUUAGAGAAAAAAGACAAAAAUUUAAUACUACUGCAAUUCAGUACCUAUGAAGAGAAACAAAUGAAGUACAUUAAUUAACCCAAAAAUGGUAAGUGUGAACAUUUGUAGUUACUUUCCCUGUUAUUUUUUAAUUCAUACUUUUUUUUUUUGUUUUUUUAGUUUUUUAUUUCCAAAUUUGUGUAUGUGAAUGUGAAAAAGCAAUUUUAAACCACUACUUAACAGUUUACAUUUUCAGGUAUAGAUACUUUUCAUGUUACCCUAUUUUAUUUGAUCAGUUAUCGUUUGCUCUUGUGAACAUGCGCACGCUGUGAUUACUAAUUCUUCAGACUCCUGACGUCAUGAAUCAUUUCACGAACGAAUCAGACCGGGCGCGUGGCCGGUUCUCUCAUCUCGUUCUCUCGUUCUCUCGUUCUCUCCGCGUUUUCGUUCUUCCGAAUCUUUCAAGGUACCGGCUCUCAAAGAGCCGGUUCUUUACAUCGCGAACGAAUCGCAAGAUUUCGUUCUCUCAAAGAUUCGUUCUUUUUGAACGAAUCGUUAACGAACGACCCAUCACUAUUACGUUUACAAUGUUAUUGUUCUUGAGGUGAUUUGCGAUGAGCAGGCUUACGUCGUUUAAGUUUUCCAAAUGGAGAAAAGAUAAUGACGACCCAGAUGACCCAGAACCACCCCAAAAAAUAUCUAAAGUUUCUUCUGACGAGCAGCAUUCUUCCAAGAAAACAGCAACUGCAGUCAGCGGGUUUUGUAAUGUAGAUAGGUAACUUAAUUCACAUUCGACUUUUUUUUUAAUGUCCUAUUAAACGUUUUACUUAUUAAAACUGUUAGGUUAUGUCUACCACAAAAAUAUGUUGUGUGGCCUUAAUGCUGAAUGUUCCUCAUCUUUAUAAUAUUAUAUUUUUUUUAAAUGAAGGUUAGUGUACACUGAAAAAGGAAGAUAGUUUUUUUUGAAAUUUAUAUGGAACUUCUUCAUGAAUUAAAAGUAUAUAUAUAAAGAAAUUAAAUGCAAAAUGAUUUUCUCUAAACUGUUUUCUUUCCUUCAUUAUUUAUUGCAUAAACUUUACUUAUAAAAUGUUUUGCAAUGUUUUAAUAAAGCUAAGCUAUAUAAUGUUUUAAUUUUACAUAUGGCUGGAGAGUUAAAGACCAAAAUGCUGGUGGUCGGUUCAUUUUAAUUCAAAACAAUUAUUUCUGUAUGAGGUUCGGUUCGGCUCGGUUCAAAAAUUUUUUUGCUAUGGUUCGAUUCAGUUCGGUUCGGUUCGGACUGAGGUUCGUCCAGCUCUAGAAAAUUGUAUACCUAAACUAUAUUAUAAAGGUAACGGAAAUAGCACAAACAUAAGAUAAAAUACGCUGCAUUUUGUCAAUUAGCAUAACUACAGGAUCAUUUCCAAACCUUCAAUAAUAUAACAUUGCAGAAAAAACGUAACUUUUUUUUAAUGGUGUCUGUUAUGCAAACGUAUUUUAUUGAAAACAUACGAAGGAUUAAUUUAACAGAUAAUUAGACAGAUGCAAAAUUACGUGUGUGGUUUUUGAGGUUAUUUGUCUCUAUUUUAUAUCAGGUGUAUACACUAUGCACUUAUUUUAUAAUUUUAUAAAUACACAUGUGAUUUUUUUUAAUACAUAGGCCUAUGUAAUUUUUUAAAAUAAAUGUGUGAUUUUUUUUAAUAACAUGUGGUGAAGUUUAGUGUGGGACUGGGAUUCGAGAUUCGAUGACAAACACUGAGGAUUCGAACAAGGAUUCGGAUUCGACCAAAAUGUGGAUUCGUCCCAUCCCUAAUAAAAACAGCAUAGACUUAAAGAAACAGUACACUAAAUAAAACACAAUGAAAACAACUUUAUAAUGCUCUUGCUUAUUUAUUCUUUCUGAACUCUUGCAUAUUCCACUAACAAAGUACUGUACCUUGACGUGGAGGAAUAGUAUUUGGAUAUGCAAAGUAAGGUGUUCACUCGAAGAAGUAGAUGGGCGUGAAGGGGUGUGCAGACCCGGCAUGGACUCUGUAACUUAGGAACGUAAUGUCACCCGUGUAGGUACGAGACUCGAUUCCCCCCGUAAUUACACAUUCUGGAGUACUGACCCAGUCUGAGUGUCAGGCUGAUAGAAACAAGCUUCUGGUAGAAACAAUUUUUAUUAACAUGUUGCUUACAUGUAUGUUAAUAAUUAAUAAAUAAAUAAAUAAAAGUAACACUGUAAAUAUUGCCAGCAUCACAAAAUCAGAAUAGGUAACCUACAAACCAGGACACCUGGGGCUCGAUUCGAAAAUGCACUAGCCUCAUCUUGUCGUGACUUCCACUCACGACAACUACAUGCCUUCACCAGUAUUGGUAUACUCAUGUGAAAAUUAAAAAAAUGAAAAUAAAAAAUAUAAAAAAAUGGGUAAGCAACACAAUACUCCUACCUACUCGUGGUUCCAAAUACGCUAAAUUAACCUUGUAAUGACUUCCGCUCACGACAGUCUGCCUUCACUAGUAACCGUAUUUUCAAAUUCCAAAAGCACAGGUAGGGGACAAAGAUUCCCGCCUACUUGUUGUAGCCUCCGAGCACUACCGACUUAGGAGGAACGACUACUGUUAAUUGCUGGGAAAUAGCAUUUUCUGCUUUGCUUAUGAACCGAAGUUGUCAAAGAUGGCGGACUCGCGCGUGAGACAGCAUACAUUCGCAUAUGUUCGCGUUUAUGGACAUCGGGAUGCGUACCAAAAAUACUGAUGUGUCAAAUGAAACUUUGUCAUAGUGAAACUAUCCUAGAAUAUAUAUUGUAAAUAGGGAUGGGAAAACCGAUUCCUAAUUUCAUCGAUACCUACCAAUUCUACUUUAAUAAUCGAUAAUCGAGAAUCGGCAAUAAAAGUCGAUUCACGCAUCUAGCAAAAAAAAAAAAAAAAAAAAAACAAUUAUUUCACAACAUUGCAAAUCUGUCAGAUACAAAUAUUUAACGACUCAUUGAGUGGGGUUAUGACUGACUAGACGCAUAUAUAACACAGUCAUAUUUCCCCAAAUAAACAAUAUCUAAAACUUGGGUCGAUGUUAUACACAAGUCAAAGUACAAAAAUUAUUUAUAAAUAAAUUAUCACUGCGUAUUAGUAGGGGCAUGUUCUUUUCGCGAUCGCGAUUAAACGACGAUAAAUGCGAAAUCACCGUAAAAUACACUUUUUACGCGAAAUCACAGUGUUUUUACGCGAAAUUUAAGUAUUGGGUAAAAGACUUGUCUCGUCACUGGUAAACAAACACCGCAACAUGGCCGCCACUGAACAUUAGUCAUAAAUGCACUAAAGCAAACAAAAGCUUACACACGCUCACGUUAUAAUGUUAAACCCAAAAAUAUGCUGUAAAAAUACGCAAAAACUACGGCGUUUAUUUUCCUUUCCGGCAUAAUGUUUGGAUAGAUAAGACAAACAGGCGAAGUUUUAAAGCCUACGCACACCGCUCAGGGCACUGACGUCAGCUUGGAACAGCGACACCGGAUAAAUACAAAAGCAAGCAGAUAAUUGGGCGAACGGUGUUUGGAACAGCCUUACGUGAGUGGCCAUACCACGUCAGCCGGGGGCGCUGGCAUAUAGUUGCAACACCGUCUUUACUUCAUCACCCAGCCGUACGGGGCAGCACAAGCAUUUUAAAUCGCGCCAAAAAGUGGAAAAAUAUAAACAAACAUUCAUUUUCGAAUGGUGUGACAAUGAUGAUUAGUUGGUCAACACUCAACAGUGUUUUAUAGAUUUUGUUGGGUCGUUACCACAACGCCGAAAUAACAACGAAUGAAUUUUUGUGUGUUUCUUAAAUGUAACUUAAUGCCGAAAUACCACAAUCAAGUACAACACUUUCAUUUGCUAGUUCUCUAGUUGUUGCUUAAUUUUGUUACUGUUUCAUUUCACAAUUUUUUUAGUUAAUUUGUACCCUUCUCUAAGUUAGGCAAGUUGUAUGAACGAAAAUAAUUUAUACUGCUCAAGGAAAGCCUAAAAUAUUUUUUUUAUAUUUUAUUCUGUAUUACAAAACAAAUUUUAGAUUAGUUUGACCCCUUCGACAUAUGAGCCAUUAACUUCUAAUGAUGUAAACAUUUAUAAAUUUAUAUGAGUUAAUGUUAAUAACUUAGUUGUGUACUGAAAUUUGAUAAUAUGAAUUUAUGAUGUAUGCUACAUCAUAUAUUUAUUGAAAGCUGAAAAAAAAGUGUUGCAAAUGGAAUUUGAAUUAUUUAAUGUUAAGUUAACUAGGUGAGUAUCGAUAAUCAAAGGAUUUUUUAAGGAAUCGCAAAUCGGGUAUCGGAAUCGAAAAUUUUGGAAUCGUCCCAUCCCUAAUUGUAAACUUAAAUAAUUCAAAGUGAAAUAAAUAAAACUUUAAAAAUUAGUAACUAGUGAUUAAACUAGCUUUAUUACAUUUAUGAUGUACCGUCUCAAUUAUUUAGGUCAUGUGUGUCUGUAGCACAACGGUAAAGAGCAUGAUAAUGAUGAACGAAACUUGUAGGCCUGCCUAAGACGUGGUUCAAAUCUUGUCAUUGCAUUUAAUGUUUUAAUUUUUUAUAUACUUCAUUAUUCUUUAUAUAUACUGAACCUUAUGCUAAAGUUAUUAUUAAUUAUAUUUAUUUCUCUGAUUGCUUUUUAAUUUUAAUACAUAUAUCUGCCCAUUUUUUAUGUUAUACUAGUUAGGCCUACAGAAUUUUUUAAAGUUUUAAUUUGAAAUAAACAAUCAAAGAUCAAGUAAUUAGGAAAUUCAAUUUGAUAUUAACUUUAUAACUGAAAAAAAUAUUACGAGGAAGUGAAUGUCCAAAUAUUGUUGAUGUUUAAAAGAAUAAGUUUUAGGAAUGUGAAGUAGUUUUAUUUUCACUUAGGAUUGUAGUUUAUGAUGGGGUAUUCACUUAUCUUAAACUCUGUUUGUUUCUUUGUUAUUACUUAUUACUUCAAUAAAUAAUGGUUUAUUACAAUUACUCAAAAAGUUUAAUAAGUUAGGCAACACAGUAAUAAUCUAACAUUAAAAUAACCUGUUAAAAAGGUAUGACUAAUUGGCAAUUUGAACUGUUAAAAUGAACACAUUUAUUACUGUGGACGUUGACUAUCUCUAUGAAUGAAAAGCAUGUUAUUUUAUGAUUAGGUAUAUAUCAAAAGUUUCUUAUAUUAAAUCAAAUGUGAAUUCUCUUGUAUAAUUCUAAAAAUAUAACAUUUUAUGACUAUAUUUCUGAAUUAGCACAUCAAGGAAAAAAUUCAUCAUGUUUAGUCCAGAGCUGGGCAGAAUAUUUUUCAAUCUACAACAUUUAAGUUGAAUAAUUUUUUGGAAGUGAAGUGUAGAAGAAUAAUAUUUUUAAAAUAAUCAGGUAGGCCCCUAACAUUUUUUUAGAGUCAAAUUAUUAUUAUUAUUAUUAUUAUUAUUAUUUUUUAAGUAUUCUGUUAAAUUGACAGAAACGUGUUUAUUUCUAUUUAGGUAUACAGCUGCUAUACAACAUUAAAUUUACCAAGGAAAAAAUUUACUUUAUAUAAACAUUAAACAGUACGUUUUUUAACUUUGGCAUUUUUUGCAUACUAACUUGCUUCUGUAAGUAAAAUAAUUAUUGCUGUAUCGAAAGUGAGUUUUUAUGUCAAAUAUGUUUUAAUAAGCUUUAUCCUUAUGAAGCUCUGUAUGUGAUACAAUAUCAGUGAAUCAAAUGUUGCAGUGCACACUUCAGCAAUAUUGUCUUCAUGGUUUUAAAAACAUUUAAACAUAAGGAGAACCUUAUGAAAUAAAAUAUUUUGAAAAUUAAACUAAUUAGAUUUAUUAUUUCACAAAUUAAUUCUUCUGUGUUGUAUCACCUAUGCAAAAAUUAAACUAAAAAAAAAUAAAAUUAGUCUAAUUAAAGGAAUUACAGGCCAUAUUUCAUAAGCACAGAUUACAGAAUAUUAUUUGUAUUUAAAUAAAUUUUUGAGACUUACUCAACCAGCAGACACACUUAAGGUUGCAAUUAAGCCUGCCUGACACAAUGUUUAAUUUCUGCUAUAUCUUCUGUGAUGCCCAUGAUUAUAAAGGUGGGCAUGACAGUUUGUAUAGCAGAACAGAAGAAUGAAUUCAUUUAUUCAUACGCACAAUACCUAAUGUGCCAACAGAAGAAGAGCCACUGCUAUUGCCGAACAAACCAACUACAUAGGUAUAUGAGUAGAAAUAAACAUAUUGCUGUAGUUUAACAGAAUACUGAAAAGACACGGAACAUUUCAGGAGUGGGGAACGGAUUUUUGUUAUUUUAUCUUCUAUACUUCACUUGCAAAAAAAAGCAACGAAGUUUUCUUAUUGCACAUCAUUUUUAAUUUAAGAAAAUUGAAUUUUUAUAUUGGUCUAUUUUGAUAAUUUAGGAUUUAAGGGA